CAAGAACAGCAGGGCGAUGAUCUUCGAGCAGCUUCUCUUGUAAGUGAACUUUGUCAGGUCGGACGAGCGCAGCAUCCCUCGUAUCCGAGAACUGAACAGGGCAUAGGUGUCGUGGCGCAUGAAAUUAGAAGGAUACAAUCAGAUCGUGAAAGAGCUGUUGCUGUCGACACUGUCAACGUCGGAAGUUUUUCUUCGUCGGAAAGAGCUGUUGAAGACCCUCUAGAGGUUACUUCUUCAAACACGUCAUCUUGUCGAACACAGGUUGUUAAAUACCAUGCGACUUGGGCGAAACAGCCACCACCACCGCCACCUCCGCCACCACCACCACCCAACAGCAGAACAAUAGAACAAGAGGACCAUAAGAACAUGAUGAACAGUAGUCUUGCGAAAACACUAAAAGAUAAAGUUCCAUCUACUUCUUCGAAGAAACGUCCAGCACCAGAGCCCAACAACAUGUUGAGAAACAACAAGAGUGCUGCGUCUGACAACACGUUGUUGACCAAGCGACAGAAAUCCGCAGUAUCGUCGUCUACGGUGGAGCCAAGCAUGAACCAUCCUCUUGAGACUACUACUUCAUCUGGUGGCACAACGAGGACAAGGACAACUAGUGUGUACGAUGAGUUUAAUGCGAGGCACCACACUCUAUUCAGCAACGGCGGACAGAGGUGGCAUCAAGGGGAUUCAGCGGUUUGUGGAGGUAGUUCCAGACCCGCAUCUACUGUUCGCGAGGUCCAGAGACGCCAGCUGCUUUUCACCAGUGCUAGCCAGCACAGAAGUCGCGCUGCUUCCCCAACUACUUCAUCUUCAGGCAUAAUCCCGUUCUCUGAAGAUAACAAUGCUGCUAGUCUUUUUACGACGAGAAGUACCUACAACAGUACGUCAUCAAAGAGCUUAUCUUCACAUCAAGUCGAGCGGCGCCCGCCCAAAAACGAAGCUAUUUUUGCAGACUUACGCUCGAUUUCGAGUGGUGUGAGGAAAGCGUCGCCGACUGGGUCUCCUUCUGGCUCUCCAAUUGCAUCUGCAACC